AUGAACCGGGUUGCGACGAUUGAGAGUCAGGUGCGCGAGUUCUCCGCGGAGAUUGUGGUGGUGGGGUCGUGCUUUAUGGACUACUUCGCCUACGUGGAUCGCCCCUUGCAGAUGGGCGAGACCCUCCACUCGAGGUCCUUUCAACGGGGCUUUGGCGGAAAGGGCGCGAACCAGGCCGUGGCGGCAGGACGGCUCAGCGCGAAGGUCGCCAUGGUGAGCAUGGUCGGCAACGAUGGCGACGGCGCCGGGUAUAUUAAGCAACUCCGGGACAGCGGCGUGGACACGCGCUUUGUCUUUCAGCACCCGACAAAGGCGAGCGGGCUGGCGAUGAUUGUGGUGGAUACGAACACCUCCAAUAACGAGAUCGUCAUCUGCCCAAAUGCGACUUCCCAGCUCCUCCCUGACUUUUUGCGCGAGCGGACGGCGGGGUUCGCCGAGUUUCUCCCGAAAUCGGUCCGCUACGUGAUCUGCCAGAACGAGAUCCCCCUGCCGACGACGCUGGCGGUGCUGAAGGCGGCGCAUGACCGGGGGAUUUAUACCAUCCUUAACGCCGCCCCGGCCCCGACGCCGGAGCAGGUGGGGGCGAUUCGCCCUUACCUUCGCUACGUCUCGCUCUUCUGCCCGAACGAGGUGGAGGCCUUCCACAUGACGGGUGUGCAGGUCUCGGACCCGACCUCCGCCGCGAAGGCGAUCCUCGCCCUGCAGGCGCUGGGCGUUCGCGACGUCGUCCUGACCCUCGGGGCGGCCGGGUUCGUCCUCGCCGAGUUCGGCGGGAAGCCGAUCCACUGCGCGGGGAAAAAGGUCAAGGCCGUGGAUACGACGGGCGCGGGGGAUUGCUUCGUGGGGUCCGCCGCGUACUUUUUGAGCCGGGGGCUUACUCUGCUGGAGGCUUGUAAGCGCGCGAACGAGUGCGCCGCGAUCAGCGUCAUGCGGAAAGGGACGCAGACGUCGUAUCCGACGCCUUCGGAGCUCCCUGCUGGUGUGAUCUAA